ACUGCAAGGGGCAGAGAGGUGUGCACCAGAGCAAACAUCAGUGCAACAAUGCUAUUUCACUUAAUUUGCCAGCCCAGAUGAUCUCCUGUACCGGAAUAUCGAGAAGUUGUGGCAACUUCAUGUUGUACCUUUUCGAAAUGAGAAAACGGUCGUCAGCUCUCGUGAGUACCAAGAUUCAAUGAACCUUCUGGAAAGGAAAACACGGUGCCUGGAAGUUGAAGGAUUUCACCACUAUGCAUGGUCAGCCUCCUGAGGAAAAUAGGAGCACCAAAGCUAAACAGCUCCACCCAUUCAGUCAUGACUCAUCUAAGGGCAACAGAGAAGUGACUCGACUUAUCGAGCUUCCUGUACUUCAGAGACUCUUGAAGAAUCCCUGGUUUUGUAACUUUUACACGAGGAAAUGUGGGCGCGGCUGUUCAGAAUUCUUCAAGCUAGAACUAUUUAUGCGGCUUUCGGCUUUUAUUUUGAAGGGGGCGUUUUAUUUUGACGACAGAUUACGCAGUUCCGUUUCUUUUCUUUACAUUCUUCACUCUAGAUGUUUACAGGGGUACAGCAGUCACCGGCGCUGUAAGUUGUGGUAAUAGUGACCUCACCUUUGCACUUUUUAAAAUGUCGCGAUUGUAUGUCUGUUAAGUCUUUAGUUUACUUUCAAUUCAUAUAUGCAUGAUUCAGGGUUAAAGUAGCACUUAUAAAAGACUGGAUGACUGUUGCUGUUAAACGUAUUUUUAUUGCCUGUAUUUUAAUUUAAUAUGUUUUACAUACUGUGUUUUUGGGGGUAAUGUAUUUGACUUACAGCAGUAUGCAAAGAUGACCCAGUCCUUUAUUUCUUGUUAUAUAUUUUGAGAAACUGCUCUGUACACCAAAACGCAUCGCUGUACGCACAGUUCUUCAGUAAAACCUUUAAAACUCUGCUGAUGUCCCCAGUGUCUCCUGGCCAAAACCCUGCAUUGGUCAGUUAGAGUAAAAUCAGCAUCAGACGUCUCAUUCCUGUGAACACAAAAACAGUGAACACAACCUUGAUACUAAGAGAGCAACCAGGCGGAGGAAGAGAAAUAUGAUUGCGGCUGUUCUCCUGUUGUGUGCUGUCAGAGCACUCGGCUCUGAUGGUGCAGAGCCCCAGGAUUGUGUACCCAGUUAUGAGGUGGCGUGUUUACUGCCAGUUGAUUAUCUGAAUGAGUCUGAUCCUGUCACGAUGGACCUGUGUAUGGGUAAGAAACUGGUCAUCUCUCUGAAGGGCCUCCCUGGAUCUCCUACCUGCCACUGGAACAGAACAGAUCAUUCAGAAAUGACAAUAAACGGGAGUCACGCCAUGGUUAUAUCAGCACUGUCUGAGAAAGAUUCAGGGACGUACACGCUGACUUGUCAAACAAACUCCGCUCAGUCAUCAGUAACUGUGAAUCUCAAUGUAUUGAGACCUCCAACAAGACCACGGCUGAUGCUGGACCGUGUAAAUGAACGAAUGAUAACCCCCCGUUUUAAAUGCACCUCUGAGGGCUUCCCAAGGCCUGAAAUACAGUGGUCUGAAGGGAAGACAGGGACAUAUGUUACUGUAGGGAAUGAAGGUGCAGAGAGCAGCGUAUCAGGUUCAAACUAUCCUAAGUCUGAAGCGAUGUGUUGUGCUAUUAACACUGAAGGACAAGAAUGCUCUCAACUCUACGACUAUGACUUUGAGACUGCGAGUGGUUCACAAGCUGAGGUUUCUAACUUGACCCUGAGCCCUGGUCAGACUUUACUUCUUCGCUGUCAAAAACGAGGUUAUACUUGGCCAUACCCAGUGUGGGAGAAGGAUGGCGAAAGACUGGAGGCUAGAACUGUAGGAUGUGACUUAAAGAAAGAGAUGUGCAUUAAAAAUGACCGAUAUGCUAGGAGACUGUUUGCCUUCCUUCUCAUGACAUCACUUAAUUUUAACAACAUUGGUACAUACACCUGCCGGAAUCCAGACGGAAAAACUAAAUCUUUUAACAUACAUGUCCAGGCUGAAGGUUUCCUCUCCGCCCAACUGAAUGAGACCAAGAUUUUAUCAGCCGAGGACACGUCCAGCUUCAGCUUGCAAGCCACCGUCUCCUACUAUCCUCUGCUGACGCACUGUUUCUGGGAGGCCCCUAAUAAAACUGUAACGAAAUGCACAAGGGAUACAUGGGUAACAAAGCACAGGAAUGUGAUGCUACAUCAGCCACUCGAGACGGGAGAAUAUAAGUUACACCUGGAGGCUGGAGGACACAAAGAAACAAAGACAAUAUCAGUGUGUGUUGUAGACACACCAAAGUUCAUCUUCACUGAAGAUGAUGAUGAGGUCAUGGUUCAUACGUCAAGUCUUGUGCCAGCCAAUUACUCUUGGCUUUCUUGCUCUUCACUGAAUGACAGUUGUGAAGUAAUUCACUAUGAAACCGAUUCUGACGUCCUUUGUGACAAGACGAUCGAGAGAAAUAUGAGCAAAUACUGGGAAGGCAGUACACUGUAUCUGAAGUUCUGCCUGACGAACUCCUUCAACUCCUGGUGCGACAAGCAUCAUUUAAUUUGGCCAAAGAUUACCCAAAAUAUGCAGCCUAAAGAUCAUCCACAAAAUGAUGGCGACUUGAUGUGGAAAGUAGGUUUGCGUCUGCUUGUGCUUGUGCUUCUGACUUUGGUGGUGGUCUGCGUUGUGCUCGUGUAUUUUGUCGAGAAGAAGAAGCCCCAGUAUCAGCAUGACCAUAUGAUUCCGAUGGUUGGACCCAACAACAGCAAUGAGGAAGCUUGACAAAGCGCGACGACGACAAGACACAGGCGGGCAACGACUACUGCAAAACCAGUGUGACUGAAGACAGCAAAGCAGAAGUGUGUGACUCAUGCUGAUUUUACUGUGUAGAAUAUAUUAAUGGAUUAUUAAUGGAUUAAUGGAUUAUUUUUGGAUUCUUUUACACUGUAUUUUUACACAUUAUAUCAAGUUUAAGCAUUAUACCUGCAUUAAACUGUACUUCAACACUUUCUAUGAA